AUGAAAUUCAAAAGUUUGUAUUAAAUUUCAUUUUAGAUUAAGCAUUUUUUUAUAGAAAACGAUUUAGAAAUCAAGUACACACUCUCAUUAAUAAUGCUUGUAGAUUCUAUUAUUUUUUCGAUGCUACUCCUCUAAUUAUUCAUUUUUCACAUAUAUCUAAUAAUCAAUGGAAUUACCACUUAUGAAUUUAUAGUAACUCCUAAUAUCAAAAAAAUAAAUCCAUAAAUCAAUAUUUUGAGAGCCCUCCCUGAAGUCAUACCCAAGGCAGUUCCAUAAACUCAAUUAAUUUUUCAUAUUGACCAUAAAAAUACAAUAAUCGAAUUAAAUAGUAGUGAAUAAUAGAUGAUCUAGGAACCCUAGGAUAAACAUUCAAAUUCAAAUGAAAUUGUAUUCAAUAAUUAGAUAUUGGCAUGA